CUAGCUAGUGUGUGUUUUCUUUCUCCACUUCAAAACACAACCAUUCAUUAUCUUUUUUCAUAUUCUUCAAGAUAAAAUCUAUAAGACAAAUAUUUUUUAUAUAUUAUAUUUAUGUUUGUAUAUUAAGAUCCAAAACCUUGUUUGUUUGUGAUGGGCUUUUUUAAUAGUUUUGUAUGGGGUUUGGCAUUGUUAAUAUGUCUUUUACCAAUGCUAAACAACUUCAAUGGAAGAGAAGGAGUUGUGGCUUUUCACAAAAUAAAUCUCAAGUAUCAAACUAACAAUCUUGUGCAGGUUAAGCAAAUUUACAGAACUGGUUAUCACUUUCAACCCAAAAAAAACUGGAUUAAUGAUCCAAAUGCACCAAUGUACUACAAAGGAUUUUAUCAUUUGUUCUACCAAUACAAUCCAAAGGGUGCAGAGUGGGGAAAUAUCGUAUGGGCACAUUCGGUAUCGAAAGACUUGAUCAACUGGAUCCCGUUAGAGCCGGCAAUCGUACCAUCGAAGCCAUUCGACAAAUAUGGAUGUUGGUCUGGAUCCGCUACGAUCCUUCCAGGCAACAAGCCCGUUAUCAUAUAUACAGGAAUCGUAAACAAAAAACCAAAACCUGGCCACCAAGUCCAAAACUAUGCCAUACCAGCCAACUAUUCGGACCCUUACUUGCGAAAAUGGAUUAAGCCUGACAACAACCCGAUCAUCAAGCCAACGCACGAAAACGUAUCAUCUUUUCGUGAUCCUACAACGGCUUGGUUCAAUAAUGGUCAGUGGAAACUUAUUAUAGGUAGUAAGAAUAACAAUAGAGGGAUUGCUUAUAUGUACAAAAGCCGCGAUUUUAUAAAUUGGACCAAGGCAAAACAUCCGUUGCAUACUAAACCUAAUGUUGGUAUGUGGGAAUGCCCUGAUUUUUUCCCGGUAUCGUCUCAAGGAUCAAAUGGUUUAGACACUUCGGCAUUAGGCAAGGAUAUUAGAUAUGUUUUUAAGGCUAGUCUUGAUAUAACUAGGUUUGAUUAUUACACAAUUGGAAAUUACAACGUUGCUAAGGACAAAUAUGUCCCAUAUAACACAUCCGUUGAUGGAUGGGCCGGGUUAAGAUAUGAUUAUGGAAACUUCUAUGCUUCUAAGACCUUUUUUGAUCCCAUCAAGAAAAGAAGGAUUUUGAUGGGUUGGGCUAAUGAGUCAAGUACAAAAAGUGAAGAUAAGGCCAAAGGAUGGGCCGGAAUUCAUCUUAUUCCGCGUAAGAUUUGGUUGGAUUCAAGUGGACACAAUUUGUUACAAUGGCCAGUUAAUGAAUUGGAUUCAUUAAGAGGUCAAAAAGUAGAGCUAAGCAAUGUGAAACUCAACAAAGGGGAUACCAUUGAAGUUAAAGGAAUUACAGUAGUUCAGGCGGAUGUUGAUGUAACAUUUACAUUUUCAAGUUUGGAUAAAGCCGAGUUAUAUGAUCCAAAAUGGGCAAAAAUAUUCUCUCCAGAAAAUCUAGCCCAAAGUAUUUGUGGGAUAAAAGGUGCAACUGUACAAGGUGGGCUCGGGCCAUUUGGGCUCUUGACCCUUGCUUCAAGCAAACUUGAGGAAUACACACCGGUUUUCUUUAGGAUUUUCAAGAUUACUAACAACAAACAUAAAGUUCUCUUUUGCUCUGAUGCUACCCCUUCGUCGUUGAACCAAAAUGAGUACAAACCAUCAUUUGCAUCGUUUGUGGAAGUUGAUUUGGCUGAAAAGAAGCUUUCGCUUCGGAGUUUGAUUGAUCAUUCAGUCGUAGAAAGCUUUGCGGAAGGAGGAAAGGCAGUUAUCUCAUCUAGAGUUUAUCCAACACUUGCAAUAGCUCAAAAUGCACAUUUGCAUGUAUUCAACAAUGGUUCCGAGGUUGUCACGAUUGAGAGACUAAAUGCAUGGUCGAUGAAAACGGCUCAUGUCAACUAGACUUGUCCAUUUCAUUUCUUCUACGGGAUAGGAAAUAAUUCAUGGAUCGCAGUAAUAUCAUAUUUUUUCUGUCGAAGAAUCAUAUUUAUGAUGAAUUAUAUAAGCAAACCAAGAUUAAUUAGUUAUAUAUGUCUU